CCCUGCCGAGCCCUGCCCUGCCCUCCGCGCCUGGCAGCGCCGCCCGCGGCCGCCCCGGCUCCCCCCGGCAGCGCCCCGCAGCGCCGCGGGACCCGCAGCGCGGCGCCCCCGCCCCGGCCGCGCUCUGAUGGGCCUGGCGGGGCCGGCGCCAUGGCCGCCCUGUACCAGAGCGCGGACCCGUCAGCCUCGGCCUCGCCGAACAAGCUGCUGGCGCUGAAGGACGUGCGGCAGGUGAAGGAGGAGACCACCCUGGACGAGAAGCUCUUCCUCCUGGCCUGCGACAAAGGUGACUACUACAUGGUUAAGAAACUCUUAGAGGAAAACAGCUCGGGUGAAAUGAACAUAAACUGUGUGGAUGUGCUUGGCAGAAAUGCUGUUACCAUAACCAUUGAAAAUGAAAAUUUGGAUAUUCUACAGCUUCUUCUGGAUUAUGGCUGCCAGUCAUCAGAUGCACUUUUGGUGGCUAUUGACUCAGAAGUGGUGGGAGCUGUUGACAUUCUACUUAAUCACCGGCCAAAAAGAUCUUCCAGACCAACCAUUGUAAAACUAAUGGAACGCAUUCAGAACCCAGAGUACUCAACGACCAUGGAUGUGGCACCUGUCAUUUUAGCUGCUCAUCGUAAUAACUAUGAAAUUCUCACCAUGCUGUUAAAGCAAGAUAUAUCGCUACCCAAACCUCACGCUGUAGGCUGUGAAUGCACGCUCUGUACUGCUAAAAACAAAAAAGAUAGUCUGCGACAUUCCAGAUUUCGUCUUGACAUUUACCGGUGUUUGGCCAGUCCUGCUUUAAUAAUGUUAACGGAGGAGGAUCCAAUUCUGCGAGCUUUUGAACUUAGUGCGGACUUGAAAGAAUUAAGUCUUGUUGAGGUUGAAUUCAGAAAUGAUUAUGAGGAGCUAGCUCAACAGUGCAAAACCUUUGCUAAAGACUUGCUUGCACAAGCACGGAAUUCACGGGAGCUGGAAGUUAUUCUGAAUCAUACAUCUAGCGAUGAACAUGUAGACAAGCGAGGAUUGUUGGAAGAGAGGAUGAACUUAAGUCGCUUAAAACUGGCAAUCAAGUAUAAUCAAAAAGAGUUUGUUGCUCAGUCUAACUGCCAGCAGUUUCUUAACACUGUGUGGUUUGGACAGAUGGCAGGCUAUCGACGCAAGCACACGUGCAAAAAAAUUUUGACUGUUUUAAUGGUUGGCAUUUUCUGGCCAGUUCUGUCCCUGUGUUACUUAUUAGCCCCUAAAUCUCGAGUAGGUCGAAUAAUUCACACUCCUUUUAUGAAGUUUAUUAUUCAUGGAGCUUCGUAUUUCACAUUUCUUUUAUUACUUAAUUUGUAUUCCCUUGUCUAUAAUGAGAAUAAGAAGAAUACAAUGGGGCCAGCCCUUGAGAGAAUAGACUAUCUUCUGAUAAUAUGGCUGAUUGGAAUGGUGUGGUCAGAUGUUAAAAGACUCUGGUAUGACGGUUUAGAAGACUUUUUAGAAGAGUCCCGUAAUCAGCUUAGUUUUGUCAUGAAUUCCCUGUAUUUGGCAACUUUUGCUCUAAAAGUAGUUGCCCAUAACAAGUUUCAUGAUUAUGCUGAAAGAAAGGAUUGGGAUGCAUUCCACCCUACAUUAGUGGCAGAAGGUCUUUUUGCUUUUGCUAAUGUUCUAAGUUACCUACGUCUGUUCUUCAUGUACACAACCAGCUCUAUUCUGGGACCGCUCCAGAUUUCAAUGGGACAGAUGCUGCAAGAUUUUGGAAAAUUUCUGGGCAUGUUUCUUCUUGUCCUGUUCUCAUUCACGAUUGGAUUGACACAACUUUAUGAUAAAGGCUUUACUGUAAAUGAAGAAGAACGGGACUGUGCAGGGAUCUUCUGUGAGAAACAGAGCAACGACACAUUCCAUUCGUUUAUUGGCACCUGUUUUGCUCUGUUCUGGUAUAUCUUCUCGCUGGCACAUGUAGCGAUCUUUGUCACGCGCUUUAGCUAUGGUGAAGAACUACAGUCGUUUGUGGGGGCUGUUAUUGUUGGUACCUACAAUGUGGUGGUUGUGAUAGUAUUAACUAAACUCCUUGUGGCAAUGCUUCAUAAAAGUUUUCAGCUGAUAGCAAAUCAUGAAGAUAAGGAAUGGAAAUUUGCUCGUGCCAAGCUUUGGCUUAGCUACUUCGAUGACAAAUGCACACUACCUCCACCUUUCAAUGUUAUUCCAUCUCCCAAGACUAUCUGCUAUCUCUUCAACAGUCUCAGUAAAUGGAUCUGUUCUCACACAUCAAGUGGCAAAGUGAAACGUCAGAAUAGCCUUAAGGAAUGGAGAAAUCUGAAGCAGAAGAGAGAUGAGAAUUAUCAAAAGGUGAUGUGCUGCUUAGUUCACCGUUACUUGACAUCCAUGAGACAGAAGAUGCAAAGCACAGAUCAGGCAACUGUGGAAAACCUAAAUGAACUGCGGCAAGACUUAUCAAAAUUCCGAAAUGAAAUGAGAGAUCUACUUGGCUUUCGAACUUCUAAAUAUGCGAUGUUUUAUCCAAGAAAUUAAGGCCUAACAAAUCAGAAGUGUCCAUCUUCAGAUACCGUUAGGUGAAAGUGUUGAUCUAAUUCUGUUGCAAGACUACAUAUAAAAGGAGAUUAUUGCACAACAAUACCUUUGAAAAUGUUUGCAUGAGUUUCAGCUAGAUGAGGAAGUGGUAGAAAUAAAUGCAAAAAUAGUUAUAGCAAUUUUCUUACGCUCUUAAUUGUAGUGUGUAUAUACAAUGUAUAUAGGAUUUUUUAAAAUAUUCCUCAGACCGUGGCUGUCAGGUGUCAGAGCUUCAUAAUUAGCACAAUAUGUUUAUUUCUUCUAUUUUUGCUGUUCCUUUUUUGAUACUUGUUUUUUCAAGUUGUGCAAGAAGGCUUUUUAAAACAAAAAUCCAGACUAUGUUUAUUUUUAAUAGAAAAGUUGGAUAUAGAAUAAUAGAAAAUUUCCAACGCAGUUGGAAAUUAUGUUUGACUGUAGGUUACAGUGCAUGUGAAGACUGUGUGGCUCUGAAAGAGGCAGUUCUAGUGCCAAGUUUUGUAAACUAUGCUGACUGUGUACUGACAUUUCUAGAACACAGAAAAAGAAAUCAAGACUCUUCCCUUUCAUGGGAACGUUGAAAUUUUGGGCUCAAAACAGACCAAAUGUUUCUAGGACACUUAUGGUUUUAUGUAAGACAAUCAACUCCUGCUUGGAUUUUUCAGCAGUGCCUCAUAAGUAUGUUUUACUGUGUUUAUUAAAAUCACCAACAGGAUUUUAAAAGUAACCUAUGAAACUUUAAUGUCUACUAUUUGGGGGUUUUAAAGACUGAUUAUUUGAGUUAUUAAAUACAGUGAUUUAAUAAAAACGAGGUGGAGCGUGAGUGCUAUUGUUUGCAAUGCUGAACAGUUCCUCUCUGAAACACUACACUUCCUUCUGUGAGAACAUGCAUUGUAUGGGAUAGAUGUAGCAUGGAAGGGUCUGCCUUAGAGAGAUUUUACCCUAUUUUAAAUUUGUUCUUCCUUCUUUUAACCACAGUUGUUGCGAAGUUGAAACUUAUGUUGUGUGUGUGUCAGAAGUAUUCUGUUUUGUGAACACGUGCUUUGACUUCGCUUACAAUGGACCGUAAGGGCUUUGUGGAUUUUCUGUGCUAGAGGGUCCUAUAUGAUUUCUAUGCUUAUUAAAAUUCAAGUUGACAAAUUGUAAUUGAGAAAUGUGAGAUGCCUGUAUUUUUGAUUCUGAAAUAAGUAUAUUUAUGACAGUUAAAGGAUCGAUUGAGAAUUUUACUGUUAUGAUGGUGCUCUUCUAAAUGGUCUUAUGGCCAGAAGGCGCAGGUAGCCAUGAUGGUCUUUGACUACAGUUGAUUUUCGGAGGCUGAUAGAGGGUGAAGGCUUACAUAAAUAUUUACUUUUCUUGAAGGAAUUCUUAUAAAACUUUUUCUUGUAAAGGUAUUAUAUUUUCUGUACUAUGAAAUUAUCCAUAUCUGAACUAGGGUUUAAUAUUAGGCUUCAAGUCUUACAGUAUAGAGGCAUUCUGAACAGUCUCCUUUUUUUCAUGUGAAUGAGAAGCUAAUCUCUUGUGUUCAAAGCAGAGAGGAUCACUGAAUUUUGUAUUUGGAUGGGGAUCUCAUGUUUGAAUAAUACACCAACAUAAAAACUGCUGUAUGUUAUGUAUACCUGAGAGAGAAAGCCAACAAAUAAAAGCUCUUUGAAAAAUGUA